GUCAUUUCUGCAUGUAAAGUAACGUUCUCGGAGAGCGAAGCGAGAGAGAGAGCAGAGAGAGAGAGAGAGAGAGAGAGAGAGAGAGAGAGAGGGGUAUCACAGCUCUCAGGCGACCGACCGGCUCUCGGCACAGAAAUUUCUAGUUUGUCUUGCUCGAUUUAAACCGUUUUAGUUAAGUACGCAGACACUGGUUAUACCGAUAACAAAAUCUGACAUCGGUUCAAACUUGAAGCAGCAUCCAGUGUUCCAGAGGAAACCGCUACAAUGCAGGAGGACCAGCACAGAGUUGCUUCCUCCUCUUCGCAGUUCUCCAUUGAGAUGAUACUGCCGUCAGCUGCUGCACAGAAGAGCAAAAUAUCAAAAGUUGAGGAUGAUCAUCCGAGUGUUCCGGCCAGUGUCCGUCAAGUCCCAGAAGUAUCCGAGUCCUACAGACCCUGUCUGAUGGUGGCAGAUACCAGUGAUCAGAGCCAGGAUUGUGGAGCUAGCAAGAAAGUGAGACGACCCCGGACCUGUUUCUCUGAUGAACAACUUAAGGAACUAGAGAGACGCUUCAGGAUUAAUAAGUACGUGAGUGUAGCUGAUAGGACGCUUCUUUGUUCAGAACUCGGACUCACGGACUCCCAGAUCAAAACAUGGUUUCAAAACAGACGGACUAAGUGGAAGAGGCUGAACGAAGCGAGAUACAAUCUUCUUAGCGAUGGUGUGGACAGUAGAUUAUUAAGGAAGGAUUCCACCUACUACGCUCAUCCUGGCGUCACUAUACCUUCCUUUCAGACUAAGGGAAGUGACCCAGACAUCACCAGCAGCUUCACGUCCCCCCACAACAUCUACAGCUCCUUCUCCAACUCCUUUCACUCCUUUCCCAACUACAUGUGGUCAGCUACCGGAGGUUACUCGCCCGUCUAUAACCCAGCCCUCCAGAACCCUACCCCGACUCUGCCAGCCACCUCGACUCAACUAACCCCACUAACCGUGCUAACUCCACUCCAGAGCUCCUCCCAGGUUCAUCCUGCUACCAGUGCUCUGUCGUCGGGGCUUUCUAAUGAAGAUGGUGGGUUUGGGAAUAAAGCAGCGCCCAGUCCCAGUUCCACAGUCUCUAUCCGUCGUCCAAAUUAGGUGCCGCCGCUGCUGCUUAUCAGACAUCCAAAGCUGCUGUUGCCGCCGCUGAGCCGCCGUACUCUACCAAAGAGGGAAGCAUUUGUGUGGCACCUUACUCCUCACCUUACUACAGCCCUUGCGUGGACAAAUCUAUCAGAUCACAGUAUCAGACUGCUCUAACUUAAUGUCCUGAGUGUUUUUUAACACUCGAUCAAAACGAGGACUGUAUUACAAUCAAUGUUGGACCAUUUAUUGAG